CUCGGACUCCCGCUGGAACAGGGUUCACUUGCGACUCCCAACUCGCCGGGCCCGGAUCACCCCGCUCAGAGUCUGGACUGUAGUGGACGGCUGCUCUACCGUCGUCCUCCAUGAGAUUUGUCGUCGAGUUCUUCUCGCUCCUCCUCAAACAGAUAUAUUGAGAUUCGGCCGUCGCUGGUCCUGUCCCUGCUUCCUCGUCGCUGUGCCUUCACCGCCGCACCAGUAGCACGAUUCCACCACCAUGGCUGCGACGAGCGUGGACACGGAGAGCGGGCGCCGUCCGUCCGCCGAGAAGAAGGGCGUUGGGACCGGGGCCGGGUCGCCUGAGAGCGCCUCGAUCCAGACCAUCGGUGACCACACCCAUCGGACGCUGAAGUCGCGUCAUAUUCAACUGAUCGGCAUUGGCGGCACCAUCGGGACGGCGUUGUACGUCCAGAUCGGCAAAGGCCUUAUCGCUGGGGGACCGGCGAGCUUGUUCAUCGCGUUCACCGUGUGGUGCACCUUCAUCCUGGCCAUCACGCUUUGCAUGGCCGAGAUGGUCACCUACCUCCCCAUCUCUUCGCCCUUCAUCCGGUUCGCCGGCCGGUACGUCGACGAGGCGUUCGGUUUCGCCGCCGGGUGGAACUUUUUCGUCUUCGAGGCGGCCAUGGUGCCGUUCGAGAUCACCGCGUGCAACGUCAUCAUCCAUUACUGGAGCGACGUGGUGCCCGCGGGCGGCAUCAUCGCCAUCACCAUCGUCCUCUACGGCCUCAUCAACGUCCUCGCCGUCAAAUGGUAUGGCGAAGUCGAGUUCUGGGCCGCCCUCGGUAAGAUGCUGCUCAUCGUCGGCCUGAUCAUCUUCACCUUUAUCGUGAUGCUCGGCGGCAACCCGCUCGGCGACCGCUUCGGCUUCCGGCACUGGCAAAACCCGGGCGCGUUCGCCGUGACGUACCGCGACGGCGACCUCGGCCGGUUCCUGGGGUUCCUCCAGUGCCUCAUCCAGGCCUCCUUCACCAUCGCCGGGCCGGAUUACGUCUCGAUGGCCGCCGGCGAGGCUGAGAACCCGCGCAGAGUGAUGCCCCGCGCCUUCAACGCCGUGUUCUACCGCCUGACCGCCUUCUUCGUGCUCGGGUCCCUGGCCGUCGGCAUCCUCGUCCCGCACAACGACGCCGAGCUGAAACUGGCCUUCAGCACCGGCGCACCCGGCGCGGCCGCAUCCCCGUACGUGGUCGCCAUGAACCGGCUGCGCAUCGGCGUGCUGCCGCACAUCGUCAACGCCAUGGUGCUCACCGCGGCCUUCUCGGCCGGCAACAGCUACGUCUACUGCGCCUCGCGCUCGCUCUACGGCAUGGCGCUGGAGGGCAAGGCGCCCGUCAUCUUCACGCGCUGCACGCGCAAUGGCGUGCCCAUCUACGCGGUCGGGCUGGUGCUGGCCAUCGCCCUGCUGGCCUUCCUGCAGGUGUCCAACAAUGCGGCCGUCGUGCUGCAGUGGUUUGUCAGCCUUGUCACGGCCAGCCAGCUGAUCAACUUCAGUGUCAUGGCGCUGACCUACCUGCGCUUCCAUGCCGCGCUGAAGGCGCAGGGCAUCGCGAGGGAGACGCUGCCGUACCGCGCCUGGCUGCAGCCGUAUGCGGCGUGGUACGGCCUGGCCGGGUGCUUCGUCAUGACCUUCGUGGGCGGGUAUUCGGUGUUUCUGCCGGGCAACUGGGAUGUGCCGACGUUUCUGUUCUCGUACGUUUAUGUUACAUUUCGGAGAUGGUGGGAAGGAAUCUACAAAAUGCUGACAACACUGCUAGAUACACCAUGAUUGCCAUCUGCCCUCUGCUUUACGUUGGGUUCAAGCUGGUCAACAAGACCAAGAUCUACCGCCCCGAGGAGGUGGACUUGUUGAAGAACAUGGAUGAGGUC